AUGGACAUGGCUGGGAAGAGGGAAGCAACCGAAGGUAUGUUUGAAAUGUAUAUAUGGAAUACAUAGGAAGGAAGUAGAUGUUGCCAUAGUCAGGAGGGAAAAAGAUAUCAGAACACAAGAGUAGUAGGUAUGAGUAUGAUAUCUUGUUGGUAAGCUUUUAAGGAUGUGGAUGGAGAGCGAAAAGAGAGAGAAAAAGGCAUGGAAUUACUGACAUUACAUUGGGCCCUUUCUAGUCUAACCAAAAUAGUGCCGGAACUACUGGCACCAAAAUAGAGGCAGGCAGACUCACCAGGACCUGGGGUGAGAUAGUGAACAUAGCAAGAGGAGAGCUGGACUCUGACUGAGGGUGAAUCCAAAAUUCAAAACAGGAAUUGCACACACCUUGUAAAAGGACCACACCAUGGUGCCUCAUGAAGCAGGGAGACUACCAAUCCCCUGAAGCAUAUCAAAUGAAGAAACUAGAUGUCUGGGCCCACAGAGGAUACAUUCAAUAUACAGACUUCAUUAGAGUAGCACGGUUCAGAGUGAAUGUGAGUCAAGCGUAUAUGUGUGUGUUGUGUGUGUAUGGGUCAGUGUUUGUGGAUAUGUACAUCUGUGCAGUUGUGUGUGUACAUAUGCAUCUGUGUGUAUGUGUCACUGUAUAUGUCCAUGGGUGUCUGUCUCUAUCUUUGUGUGUCAAUGUGCAUCUGUUGGGGGGAGGGCGGGUGUGAGCACAUACCUGCUACAAAAAAUAAAAGCCAGCAUUCAAACACCAACACUACACAUAAAUACAUUUCUGCAUUCUACCAUUAGCUUUAUACACAAAUACACAAACAUUCACAUAUGCACACGCCACACAAAAGCACACCUACAAUCACACACGUACAACCAUGCAAGGAUGGGCAAAUGGUAGAUCUACGGCUGACAAAGCAUCAUCAGAUUUGUAGGAUAGUUGAGAUCUACUUUUUGACCACUUUAUGGCUGUAUAGAGAAAGAACUAUAUGAAUGCCUGUAAGCGGAUUUGUUUUCAAGGAUCAAGAGGAAGUAAAGUAUAGAAAUAAGUAUCAAUGCUAAAGAAAAGAGAGUGGAGAGAAAGGAAUCUUACAUCAUUUCCUGUUUCCUUUAUACUGUGCAAACAUCAUUACAUAAGUGUCACAAAUUCUAAAUGAUUACACUUUGGACAUCAAGCAUCCAAGUAGUACUUGUCAAUAAUAAUAAUAAUAAUAAUAAUAAUUCUAAUGAUAAAUAAUAAUAAUAAUAGUAAUAAUUCUAAUAAUAAAUAAUAAUAUUAAUAAUAAUAAAUAAUAAUAAUAAUAGUAAUAAUAAUAAUAAUAAUUCUAAUGAUAAAUAAUAAUAAUAAUAAUAGUAGUAGUAGUAGUAGUAGUAGUAAUAAUAAUUCUAAUAAUAAAUAAUAAUAAUAAUAAUAAUAUUAAUAAUAAUAAUAAAUAAGAAUUCUAACGAUAAAUAAUAAUAAUAUUAAUAAUAAUAAUGAUAGUAAUAAUAAUCAUCAUCAUAAUAAUGAAUAAUAAUGAUAAUGAUUCUAAUGAUAAAUAAUAAUAAUAAUAAUAAUAGUAAUAAUUAUUCUAAUAAUAAAUAAUAAUAAUAAUAUUAAUAAUAAUAGUAGUAAUAAUAAUAAUCAUCAUAAUAAUAAUAAUGAUUCUAAUGAUAAAUAAUAAUAAUAAUAAUAUUUUAUAUUUUGACAAUAUAACACCUCAGAAAUGUAUACUAUUGUAUAAAGUGGAAGCAAGUAAUCAAAAACUGCUUCUAAUAAUCUUUAUCACAGCGUAAAGUGUCUGUUUCUACAUUUAUUUUUGCUUUUUCAAUCCUUGUAAAUACAUAUUUGCUAAACACAGGGAUACAUAAACAUUAUUUUAAAAUUGGGGAUGUGAGAGAUCCCCUUGAAUUUCUGUCGGUUGACUACAUUUGGUAGCCCUGUUGGGAAUGUAAUAGAGAAUAUAAAUGAAGAGGUGAGAGAUACCUAUAAACAUACAGAUGGGAUACAAACAAAGUCACAUCAUUGGGGAGAUAUAAAAAUAUUAUUUAAUACAUAUCAUCGAGCCUUGACUCAUCUGGUUACAGACAUGGUGAUAUGUUCAAUAAUAAAAAAAUGGGUUUCAGGAUAGAAGUGGAAUAAAGGAAGAUCUCUUUCUGUGAAAAUGUGAAGAUAAUUUAAAAAUAAAGAAGAAACGCUCAAGAGAAUUUAGCAGAGAGGCAGAUGGUAAGAUUGGGAACAAGAGAGGCUUUAAUAUUAGGAUGGCAGGAUAAUAGAGUAGAUAUAUCUAUUAUUAGAAAUGGCUCGUAACUAUUUAUUACUGGCAUUUAUUACUGGAUCCUUUACAUGAGUGGAUUACCAAGAGCCAGGGUAGGUGCCUAUAUGGGUACCAGGGUAGGUGCCUAUACGGGUGCCACUAUCACGUUUUUCUGUCAAGGUGUUUUGUGGUUUUUUGGGGGGGACGGGGGAUCAGGGUGUUGGUGAGAAUAUAGAAGAUGGUGCUUGUGAUGUAAAUUCAGCCUUAAUCCUUUGAGAUUACUGUUGAAUGUGGGAUAAUGUACACAAUAUAAAAUAUGAUUACUUAUUAGUAUAUCUAUUAAAGUGCUGUAUAAAUAGUAGCUAAAUUAAAAUCAGUAUUCUGUGAGUAAGAUUUUUAGUUCCCUAUGAGCUACCCAAAGUAUAUUGUCAUUACAAAUGUACAUUAAAGCUGGUAAAUAUUUCUAUGUCAUUUUAUUCUGUAGGAGAAAGCCCUGAAUUUGCUCAACUUGUAUCAAAGUUAAAAAUGGAAGAUUACAGACGAAAAAAGCUCACUCUACAGGAUGUUCUGAAUAUCGGGCAGGAAUCCAUGAAUGACAUUGAAUUACGGACAGUAGAGAACAUUCCCUGGUAUUUUCUGCAGAAUGUAAUGGCUCUGAAUGUGAACGCAAGAAAUACUAAACUUAAACAAUCUGCACAAAGAGGAGGAAAGAGAAGUCAACAUAGGUAUCAGUAUCAGAGUUUUACUGAUUUUUUAAAACCAGACUUGUCUGAUUCCGUCCACCCCCUGGAUGUCCUGUGUGUUCUCCUGAAUUGUUCAGACCAUUUCUUACAACAGGAAAUUAUAACCAAGAUGUCCAUGUGCCAGUUUGCUGUCCCUCUGUUGCUCCCUGCUGGGAAUGGCUCUAACUGCACCUUCAUGCUCUGGACAAUGAGAGACAUUGUGAAGAAAUGGACACCUCGCUCCUGUGACGACAGCAAGAGUUCUAUGGGAGACAGAUUAGUAAAUAUUCACAUGCCAACUUUCUCUUUUAUGAGACUUGGAAAAUGCACCUUUUCCAAAUCCAAAUUCCUGAAUCAUGUGCUAAGUCCAGAUCACACAAACUACAAUUUUUUUGUGAAUCAAGACAUGGAUUGUGGGAAUUACCCUCGAAAAGUCUCUGAUGGGUUAGUGGAGAUAUCCUGGUUCUUCCCUGGAGGCCAAGGAAAUCAUGACAUCUUCCCAAAACCCUUUGCUGUCACCAAUUUACGUGGUGACCUGAAAUCUAAUUGGAGGCAAUUCACCUUUCUAACACAGAUAUCUACCGCUGUCUUUAUAUUUAUUGAGAGUUUUGCUGAAAAGGAUUACAGACUGUUUUCCCAGUUCAGAGACACAGACACAAAUUAUUAUUUUAUUCUUAGUCCAAAUUACGAUGAACAGAAUGCAGAGGAAACAGCAAAAGUUCUAAAACAAUUGAAUGAAACACUGAAAAUAUCCCUGGUUAAGAACUGGGAUAAACAUGUCAUGAACUUAGUAAGUGAUAUUAGGUUAAUCAUUGCAGACUUCAUAGAGGACAGAGGAAAAACACUCAGCCUAGAGAACAUGGCAUUCUUAGCCAGUGAACAUAGAAUAAAAUUAGAUGAGAGCUUGAUGGAAUGUCAGAAUGCCAGGAAGCAUGCCUUGUCAAUCAUUAGUAAGAUAAAGGAUGUGGUGCAAUACAAGAAGAAAACUAUGCAACUGCAGGGUGAUCUGUGGAAGGAGAUAUCUAAAGUACAAAAAGAGAUAUGCAGAUUGAAAAAUCAAGGGACAUCUGCCAGCGACGGUUACAAAAAUAACCUCACGGACAAAUGCUCUGAAUUAACAAGGACCCAAUAUCAGAAUUCAAUGCCAGAUGGCAUUAAGACCUUUAUCCAAUCAAUAACAAAAUUCACAUAUACAGAGAAAGUUUACUUCAUGAAAUGGAUGAGAUUUUAUCUUGACUCAUUUACUCAAAACUAUGCAUUUUUGCAACCCAAGAAUAAAAGUAAUGGCAUUAAGACACCAAAAAAAAUUCAGCUGGAACAACUUUGCCAAAAUAUUUCAGACAGUUCUUUGGGUAUAGAACACUUCCUGCGUGAGAUGGGGCAGUUCUAUGAAGCUGAAUGUUCUAUGAUUAAACAGAAACAAAUCAGUCCAAACCAAAGACAACACAGUCAUCUCCCAGGAAUAGCUGCUGAUCUCCUGCUGGAGGGGUUCCUGUUGGAGCUGAUUGAUGGAGAUGCCUCCAACAUCCCCCUGCAGUGGAUAACUGAUGUCCUGACAGAGCUGGACACCAAGACUGGAGGACAAUGCAGAAUGAUAGUGAUCAGUGUGCUGGGAGUUCAGAGUACGGGGAAAUCCACCCUACUGAACACCAUGUUUGGUUUGCAGUUUCCAGUGGGCAGUGGACGAUGUACACGAGGGGCUUUCAUUGCACUUGUAAAAGUGAAAGAAAAUGUCCGGGAGGAGUUGGACUGUGACUUUAUUCUGGCUAUUGAUACUGAAGGUCUGAAAGCUCCUGAAUUGUCUUCUUUGGAGAACAGUUAUGAACAUGACAAUGAGCUGGCAAUGCUUGUGUUUGGGCUGAGUGAUAUCACUAUAAUUAAUACAUCCAUGGAAAACAUGGCAGAAAUGAAAGAUAUUCUGCAGAUUGUGGUUCGUGCUUUCCUAAGGAUGAAUGAAGAUAGAAAUAAACGAAACUGUCACUUCGUACAUCAGAAUGUAAGUCAUGUGACAACAUAUGACAACGAGGUUGGCAGAGCAAAACUUUUGAAAGAACUAAAUGAAAUGACAAAAGCAGCAGUUGAGAUGGAGAGAAGAGACAAAGCCAUGGAAUUUUCAGAUAUCAUUGAUUAUGAUCCUGAAAGGUACACCUGGUACAUUCCUGGAUUAUGGCAUGGGGUCCCACCCAUGGCCUCAAUAAAUCAAGGAUACAGUGAAAAUGUCUUUAAAUUAAAAAAACAUUUAUUUAGAUUCAUAAAAGAAAGACAAUUUCCUGAGCCACAAAACAUUGAUACAUUUAUUGAGCGGAUGAAGAGUUUGUGGAAUACAGUGAAACAUGAAACCUUAAUUUUUAGUUUCCAGAACAUUCUAGAGGUAGAAGCCUAUAAUCAACUGUUUAUGAAAUACUCAGAGUUGGAAUGGAAUUUCCGCCAGAAGGUUCAUACUGAAUUAUCUAAAUAUGACAAUAUCAUUAAAAGAAACAUUGAUGACAAUCUUUAUACAUUAUCAGAUUUUGAAGAAAACUAUCUAAAAACCCUGCUAGACCAAGAGGAGGUAAACAUGACCCAAGAAUUAUCAGAGUUCUUUAAGAGUAGCUGUGCCAGUGUGCUUCUGCUAGAAAGAAACAGGGAAGAUUUUCUAAAUCGCGUGAAAAGUCUUAGGAAAGAUCUUGGAGAUAUAGCAUCAAAAAAAUGUUCAAAGACUAUCCAAAUCCAAAAUGUAAAGAAUGGGAUUUUACAUACACAAGAUAAAUGUCAGCAGCAAAUUGAAAAAAUGCUCCAUGAACAUUUGGAGAAUAACAGAAUGAAGCAAUGUGUGCUGAAUGAGAUGGGAAUGAAGUUACAGUUUGAUGCAUUGUGGAAUGAUAUUCUAUUCAAAUUAAAAGUGUCUCGUUUGAUGUACCAUCGAAUAGAUAUGGAAAUGCUGGAGCAACUGAAACGGGAGAUGAUAAACAGACCAGGCAAUGUCACACAGAAAUUACACAAUAUUAGGUUUCUAAAAGUCUAUGGAGAGAAGCAAUUUGAAAUAACAAAAGGCUACAUAGAUCUUACUGGAUCCUCUAUAAAAAGAGUCAAGGAAUUAUUUUUCAACAAUUCUUGUAGAAAGUUAAAAAUAACUGCACAGUCAUUAGCAGAUAAUUGUGCUGAAUAUGUUCUAAAUAAAGUGAAAACAAAAGACGAUUACAAUGAAAUGUACUGUCAGGAAUUAUUAACCAUGAUAAAUGAAAAGCUGGAGGAAAAGAAAGUUACAAAACAUCACCCCACGGCAUUGUUUGAGGUGGAUCUGAAACUGCAUAUAUUGGGUAAAGCAGCCCCUCACUUUCAGAAGAUGCAUGAGGAUUUUGUAAACAGAAAUGAUCCCAAACUGCUUCUUAAUAAACUGAAACCUCAUUACUUCAAUAAAUAUAAGAGCAGCUUCCAGCCAGGGCCUGAUAUACAUGGGGACUGAUGGAACUGCAGCUUCAGGGCCAUGCCCAUGGAAGGGGCCCAUUGAUUUACAUUAUUUUUUUUACUACUCUUCACAUGCUCUUGCUUAAGUCUGGAAACUUAAGAAGGAUGUAGGGGAACAAAACUAGUGUGGACUGGCUGACAAUGAAAUUAGUUAAGGUAAAGCUGACUUUGCGCACUAUGCAAAUGCUCUUGUUGCUUCAGUCUCUCUAACACUGUGGCAUGUUCCCUUUCUUCUACACUCACUACAUACACAUUUCCUCUCUCACAGACUGUAUAACAGGAGCUUCUGCCUGCUAGUAAGGAGACAAGUGGACCAGCAAGUGUUAGGGGACAGUCCUUACAAAGCAUGGAGCGAGCGCAUCAUCAGACGCAUGUAUGCCAAGCUCAUUGUAUGUCCUUUGAUGGCCAGCAUGCAUGAUUGGCAGGCAGCCUGUCAUGCAUUUACACAAGAUUGACCUUCUAAUUCUUUGGGUAGACAUGCCCCCUUUUUCGGUUCUGGUUAUGUGACUCAUGGCAGUGGCUUACACUUUUAUCCCAGCCACCGACCUUCUGCUUCAACGGAGCUAGUUAGGGGGUAUGGAUUUACUUGAAAGAUGAAAGUGAAUGAUUAGCAUAAAGUAUGUGUUUUCUUAUAGCUGUAUCCUGUGAGUGACCCUCCAGCACCACCUCCGCCAGAUACACGAUGCUUGGGAGGCAGGACUGUUUUAAUGUUUUAUGUUGAUAUGUGGGGAUAUUUAUGGGAUGAUAAUAUUAUACAGUUGAGAAUUGCCCACUAUUUCAAUUCUCUUAGAUCUUAGAGAUCGUUAUCAUGUAAGUGAAAUGUAUUCCAUACAAAUAAAAUCCCAAUUUGUUAUAAAAAUAGAUAUAAUUUAUUGUGACAAAUAAAAUAAUAAUAAUAUUAGGCAGCAUGCAUGAUAACAAUCAGUGAAUGUUUAGUAUAACUUAAGUAUGUAAUACAAUGGCAAUAUUAAAACAAUCCAAUGGCUAACAGCAUCAACUGUCACUUAGUAAGAUUAAUGAGGUAUUUCACAGACGCAGAAAGCUAUACUUCCAGCGAAAAGCCACAAAAACCUUGGCUAACAGUUAGAUCAACUGAGUAAUCCUUUCAAUGCUGGUUAGUCCUUUUAGACAUAGAAAAUCCUAUUCUAUUGCUAUUUUUAAUUAAAAUAAAAUUCAAACCAGCUCAUUAAUCAAUUCCUGGAACCAUCCAAAAGAGUCAAAUCUACAGAUUCUAUAAGCCGAAUUUUAAUUUGCCUAAAAAGAUAUCUUAUUUCAGAGCAAAUUAACACACAGAUAAAAACAGCGGUAUGCUAACACAUGGUAAGAUACCAGUACUAUGUAAUUAUCUGACUCCACCUGCAGAAUGGAGUGUUAUAACUACAUAUUCUUUAUUUAAUUAAGAUUCCUCAAUUAUGGGAUCUGAUCGUGAUUUAUCCAUGCAUAUAUCCUGCUAUUAAUAGAUUUUAAUUAAUUUUAGAUUAAAUAAAACCAGCAUAAUUACCAGUUAUGAUGUAGAUGCUCUCAUCAGAUGCUCUUAGUUAAUCCCAGGAAUUGAAGUGUGGUUAUGUGUGUGCAAAGAGAUAGUGAAAUUAAGUGUUCUGUGUCUCUCUCCUCAGUCUGUUUGUAUGAGGGUCUGUCUGUCUCAGGUGUCCUUCCGUGUGUCUCAUCCUGAAUUGGAAUUUCAAUCUGAAAGCCCAAACUAA